GGCUCAUGGACACUUCGAUUUUUCCACUGUAAUGUUCCAGCGAGCGAGGGGGUCUAGGGUUUAACAUUUUGGAGCUACUCUGUACCUCAGUCCUCGUUAGAUUUCCAGAACUUCAUGCACUGCCCAUUCUCCACCUUUUGAAUCGUGCACAUUCGCACACAUUGCUCGAAAAUUAUCAGCUAUUCUCUUCUGUGGUACAUCCGAUCCAGGAGAACAGCAGGUAGUUGGAGACGGAGAAAUUUCGGUUCGAGAAAUCUGGUGGAUUCUCUGCGGUUUAGGGCUCAGAAUUGGAUUCGGAGGACAAUUAGAAGAGCUGUAAUGACAGAGUUCUGAGCUUGUUUCACGUUUGUGUGCGCAAUUUGGUGAAAGGACUAGGACCCUUGAAGAGGUGCCGGAUCUGAAGCUCCGGCUGGAUCUGGGAGAAGUUGAAUUCUGCAUUCACUCCACCGGCGGAGAGCAGUAGAGUGCAGUGUGGCAAGAUGUUUGCGUCAGCGGUGCGGUUUAUGGCCAAAAAGGCAAAGGGGGGCAGGAAAAAGGUCGACAAACCUGCUGGCAUGAACAUCGGUGUGGAAGGCGAGACAUGGUCGGGCAGAUUGCGGGAAAUCGUAAAGGAGCAUGGUCCUCUGAAUGUUUCUUCUUACUGGGAACAUGCGAAGGAUACGGGUCUCAGGAGUAAGAGACAUAUGAAGAUCAUUCUGAAAUGGAUGCGGGGCCAAAACCACAUCAAGCUUAUCUGCAAUCACAUCGGAGACAAGCGCAGUCCGACAGACAAGGAGUUUCUAUACACGUAUGUAGUUCCCAAAAGUGAGAGACUGGCGAUGGGAAUGGGAAGUGGAACUGGAGAAGAGGCCACCGGCGAUAACGGACUGAAAGACAUUGCAGCUUUAGCGGACGAAGCCCCUGCAAGUCUUCAGAAAUAAGUUAUCUUCAUCUUGCUAACGUGGUCAGCGUGCCUUGGAUUACAAUGACAUGAGUGAAAAUGUAUCCUGCAGUAUGAGGUGCUUGAAUGAAGAAUGCUUGGGUUGUAGCAGGUUCCUUGUCUUUGUGAACUCAACGGAUACACAGUCCGUUAGAAGGGUUCUCUGUUUCCAGAGAGUCAUGCAUUAAAUGACAUGCGUCGUCUGGAUUGAAUGCCACGGCUUCAGAUACGAUAUUGGACAGUCACCAAUGCUAAAAGAUCAUAUUCAUGGUUAUUCUAGAGGACUCCAGAAGGCCAUCUCUCGCCUUAGGAGUAAUUAUGAUGGCUAACGUGAUGGUGGACACCUGAUUCUCGCAGUGGUCGAAGUGUUAGGUGGAAGGCCAGUUGCAGCAGUUCUCUCGGCUUUGAAAAAGUCCAACGUUAUGGACAGCCAAAAAUGUGUUGUCUGUUGAGUUUCAGCAAAUUGGACUUGGAUCAAUACGGAAACUUCCGAAACACGUUAUAUGAUUGAAGUGUGUCACUCUUGGUCUUCAUGGAGGAUGUGGUCAGUCUGUUUUGAAGCUUCUACGUUGUCUCUCGUCUUCCUGGUUUUGUUGAAUGACUACAUCUGUGGGAUUGGAUUAUUUUUCUUAGAGGGUGAUUCUCACAGGAGUGAUCAAAAAGCACCAAGCAAGAAGCAGUGUGUCGAUGGAGUCAAAUACACUUAAAUACAUUUUGUCCUCGCCACAGCUGCUGGUGCUCUUCUCUAUCGAGGAGAAUUUGAGGAGAAUUUGUGGAGUGUGAGGGAAACUCGGUUAGUUUCCAAUGAAAGGGAUUUUUUAUGAACAGACCCUAAGUUUUGUCAUUCACGAUAGAUUGUCAUUUCCAGAACCUUUUAAAGCACAUGGGAACGAGUCUGUAGGCGCGAACCA